CACAUCUCGGUGCCUUGUUCUCAGACACGCCUCGAUCUUCGGACACACAUCCGAGCUGUGGAAGGCUAUUAGUAGGUGUGAGCUGUCAAUCAGCCGCGGCCCGCCCAGGUGCUCCGCAGACGGGAAGCGCUUAUGUGUUUUGCAGCCUCCCCCAGCAGCUGUGCAGUGGGACCUCUGUGGCUUCGCGCAGGACCACCAGACGGCAAAAAGGGCCAAAAAUGUAAAGGAUUAAACAGCUUUGCACCGCUUGUUGAAAGUAUGUGUGCUUUGGAAGCCUUAAAAAACAAAGAAAAGGAAAGGAAAGAAACGAUGCGUAAAGUUGCAGCUGCGCACCACGGACGUUCAGUAAUCUGUGCGUAAAACUGAGAGACACUGAGGAGAGAAGUAAAACUUCGGCGGGGGAUUUUUUAUUUUUUCCAGCGAAAUGGACGCGAAAGGCUGAGAAGGAAGGAAGGAAUUAUUUUUAUUGUUAUUGCUGUUAUUAUUUACUCUGAUGUGGAGCGUUAAAGCUGUUAAAAGGGACACGCUCUGUGAAUCUGUCAGGUAUGCAGACUUGAGGUAAAAAAAAAAAAAAAAGAAGGACAUCGCCGCUCUGCAACUUUUUCCUGCCAUCCAUCUGUUAUGAUCGUCCUCAGCUCCGAGGCUCUCUGAUGUCACAGCUCCGGCGGAGUCUAGAGUCACAUUUUACCGCUUACACCCAGCACUCUACCUCUCGCCAUCACCAUCGGCAUGGACGAAAGCGUUGAGAACGUAGCUGGCAACAGCUGCGCGGACGCGGAGAGCGUCGGCCUCAGCGUGCUCAACUGGGAGCAAGUGCAGCGGCUGGACGCCAUCCUCACGGGCUCAAUACCCAUCCACGGCCGGUGGAGCUUCCCCACUCUGGAGGUGAAGCCGCGGGACAUCGUCAAUGUUGUCCGUAGCCGCAUGGAGGAGAAGCGGAUACACGUCCGGGAGGUGCGUCUGAACGGAUCCGCGGCCAGCUACGUCUUGCAUGAGGACAGCGGUCUGGGAUGGAAAGAUUUGGACUUAAUAUUCUGCGCGGACCUGAAGGGAGAGUUGGAGUUUCAGUUAGUAAAAGAGUUGGUCCUGGACUCACUUCUGGACUUCCUGCCUGAAGGGGUCAAUAAACAGAAGAUCACACCUCUGACCUUAAAGGAGGCUUAUGUUCAGAAGAUGGUGAAGGUUUGCAAUGACUCAGACCGCUGGAGUCUUAUCUCGCUCUCCAACAACCACGGCAAAAACGUGGAGCUGAAGUUCGUGGACUCUCUCCGCCGGCAGUUCGAGUUCAGCGUGGACUCCUUCCAGAUCCGCCUGGACUCGCUCCUCCUCUUCUACGAGUGCUCCGAGCACCCCAUGGCCGCCACCUUCCAUCCGACGAUCAUCGGCGAGAGCGUCUACGGCGACUUCCCCACCGCACUCGAUCACCUGCGGAGGCGGCUCAUCUGCACCCGGAGCCCCGAGGAGAUCCGGGGCGGCGGCCUCCUCAAGUACUGCCACCUGCUGGUGCGAGGCUUCCGCGCGGCGUCCGACGCGGAGAUGAAGCUGCUGCAGCGGUACAUGUGCUCCCGCUUCUUCAUAGAUUUCCCCGACGUGGGUGAGCAGCGGAGGAAGCUGGAGUCCUACCUGCAGAACCACUUCGUGGACCUGGAGGAGAGGAAGUAUGACUAUUUGGCCACGCUGUACGACGUGGUCAGGGAGAGCACGGUGUGCUUGAUGGGACACGAGAGGCGUCAGACGCUCGGCCUCAUCUCGUCGCUGGCGCUUCGAGUCCUGGCCGAGCAGAACGCCAUUCUCAACGCUGCCAACGUAACCUGCUUCUACCAGCCGGCUCCUUACGUGUCAGACGGCAACUUCAGCAACUACUAUGUAGCGCAGGUUCAGCCGAUCUACCCUUGUCCACUUUCACCUUCCCAGCAGUACUUUACUCCUUUGCAACACUCCUGGUAUUCCACCUGGAUGCCCUGUAACUAAACUUUCUGGAUGCCCAUGUAGUUUCGUGGAACUCGUGUCUGCAUGAAAAGAAUGCAUCUUCUUGUUUUUAGCAUGAAACGAAGCUGUUCCCUGUGUCAGGGCGCACACAGAGAGAGAGAGAGAGAGAGAGAGGACUUAAAACUGAUUGGUUUGUGGGUUUGGUAGAUCAAAUGUCUGCUGAGCCACGAAGCCCUCCAAGAUAUGAUAACUUUGUUAAUUUUCCACAGCUUACAGGAAGUUACAUGCACACUCUGAGCAUUAAAAACCCAGAAUAUUCACCUUACAUGCACCAGAGCAGCCUGGUGAAAAUAUGGAUUCAUUCACAUGGUUUCUUCUGCUCUGUGCAUGUGUUGAUGUGUGUGUGUGGGUGUGCAUGCGAGUGUGUCUGUUUGUGUGUGUAAGAGUCUUUACGCAAGCAAUGCAAAAAAAAAAGAGGAACUGGGUACUGUUUACAAAUCCAAAGAUCUGCUUUAAUGCUCAAGUUUUCUAAAGUUCAUGCAGUAAAAAAAAAAAGAAACAACAAAACAAUGCAUGUUUUAUUUCUGUACAGGAAUAAUUUUAAAGUGCCUAUACCAAGCCUAAAAUGGAAAAAAAAAGCAUUUUUAGGAUUCAUUACUAUAGAAAAGUAUCUUGUCCUUAACAUGAUACUGAAUGUAUUUAUGGAAUUGAAAAAAAAAAUUCUCAAUGCUGAGUCAGGUCUCUUACACUGAGGGAGCUUUUGGAGCAACCUUUUUUUUUUUUUUUUUUUUUUUAAACAAGGAGUUUCUGAACACUCUGCUCAUCAGCACUUCUGCAGUCCAAUUGUGUUGUGAUUACCAAAGAGGAAGUAACAUCAUAAUCUCAUUUUCUGUAGAAGUCGCUUGUGGGGGGGGAUGGGGAUCAACAUCUUAGUAAAAAUAGAUUUCAAUAAACGAUAGCCGAAAGACAGAGGCUUGGAUGCAAAACAGCAAACAUGAGACAACAUAAUAAGAAUCUAAAUUAAAAUGAAAGUGGAUUAAUGCAUGUAAACAAAAGGGGGAUGAUUUAAUUGCUUUCUAAGAGACAUAAAAUGGUAACAUAAGGAAUACAUGCCCAUUGUGUGCAAGUUUCAUCAGUGCACUUCUCUUGUUUUUGCUCUGUGAUGAGAAUGCAUUUAAAUAAGUCAACAUGGUGGUAUUUUUUACGAUGCAAAAAGUAAAUAACAGUGAAUGUUUACAUAUAUGUAAAGGUACAGCUGGAUAACCAAAAUUAAAAAUAAAAAAUAAAAAAAAGCAGUCAAGCAAAAGAUCUGAAACUAAAUAACACAAUACACUUUCCAUGCAUGAUUUAACAGGAGAUAAAGCAAUAUAAAAUUACACUGGAAAGUUGUGAAAACAUUGUGAAUUUAUCCAAUCGUAUUUAAAACAUUUUCCCCCCCUCAAUAUUUAGCAGUAAACGACUACAAGUAUUUAACUUUUUUUUUUUUUUUUACCAUUGACAUUUGUUGCACUUGAUCAUCUCAGUACAUCUGGCCCUCAGGAACAAUCUGCAUGCAGAAAAUACAAAAAAACAACAAAUUUUUCAAAUCAAUCAGUGGAACAAGUUAGGCAAAAAUGUUCCUAGCUAGACAGCAAAGUGGAAGGAACUGCACCUAUUCAGCCGUAUGCAACAUAUUCCUUUGAGUCAUUCUUUACCUGAAUUGUUUGCAGAUUUGUAACUGGCACUGUCGCACUAAAACGGUGUCUCGAAGACCAACUACAAAUUCAUAUUUGAAAAAUCUGUUACAAAUUUCGUAAUGCGUCAGUCUCUUUUUGGCAAUACAGCUACCAUUGAAUACAGCCUGGAUUAUAAGCAGAAAUGCCUCUCUAAAUAAAACCAGCCCAUUACAAAAAAGGCAAAUUCAGUGCAGUAGUUGCAUUAAGGUAGUGCAGUUGUUCUGCUACUAGCAAACAAUAGUUACACUGAAGCAUAUUGUUAAAUAUCAAAGAACCAAUGUAGGGAAAAAAAACUGCUGAAAAAGCAAGAUUCUGCCUGGUUUAUAGGGUUUGCCAACAUAAUAAUAGACAGACAGAUCAUAGGGGAUCUUGCAAAGAUCGAGAGCAGGAUUUGAAGAAAUGCUCUGCGUAUGUAAACUAGCAACUUCAUAAACUUCACUGCUAAGUAGAGAGGUAAAAAAAUAAAUUCCUAAUUAAAGGAACAAUCCUGUUUCCUUUUAAGUGUAUGUUUAUGUUUUCUCCAGGAGACCAUUUUUGCCUCCUGGCUUGUUUUUCCACUGACUUAACCCGAUGAACUGAGGUAAAACUAAGAUUACAAUGGCCCCAUGACAUAUGAAUGCACUGAAAAAGACAAAGACGAGUCAGGAUUUGAGGGGUUUAGCUGAUGAAGAGGACGUUCGAUGAGUGGAAAAAGCGCGCAGCACGCUCAGCGACGCGGGUAUUUCAACGGCAACAACUGGCUUUUUUCCUGUGCUGGAUUUGUCAUGAAAG